CCCAAGUUUUCACACCCUCUGUGAAUUGUGAAAGAGUUCCAAGAUGACUGAGUACAUGCUUGAGUACUCUCUGGGCUCCUCCCAGAUCUCCAGCCGAUGUUCCAUUUCUUUGCAGAAACUUCAUUCAGAGUGCGACUGGUGGGAGGCCGCCACCGCUGUGAAGGGCGAGUGGAGGUGGAACAGAAAGGUGGCUGGGGUGCCGUGUGUGAUGAUGGCUGGGACCUGAAAGACGUGGCUGUGGUAUGCCGAGAGCUGGGCUGUGGAGAAGCCAAGGGGACUCCCAGUGGUAUUCUAUACAAACCAUCAACAGAAGAAGAGCAAAAAAUCCUCAUCCAAAACGUCAGUUGCACUGGGACAGAGGAUACACUUUCUCAAUGUGAGCAUGAAGAUGUUUUUAGUAGCUCAUACAGUGAGGCUGCAGGGGCUUUGUGUGAAGAACCUUCAUUCAGAGUGCGACUGGUGGGAGGCCACCACCGCUGCGAAGGACGAGUGGAGGUGGUACAGAAAGGUGGCUGGGGUGCCGUGUGUGAUGAUGGCUGGGACCUGAAUGACGUGGCCGUGGUAUGCCGAGAGCUGGGCUGUGGAGAAGCCAAGGGGACACCCAGUGGUAUUCUAUAUAAACCAUCAAGAGAAGAAGAGCAAAAAAUCCUCAUCCAAGACGUCAGUUGCACUGGGACAGAGGAUACAUUGUCUCAAUGUGAGAGGGAAGAUAAUUUUAGUUGCUCAUACAGUGAGGCUGCAGGAGCUUUGUGUGAACAACCUUCAUUCAGAGUGCGACUGGUGGGAGGCCGCCACCGCUGCGAAGGGCGGGUGGAGGUGGAACAUGAAGGUGGCUGGGGUGCCGUGUGUGAUGAUGGCUGGGACAUGAAAGACGUGGGUGUGGUAUGCCGAGAGCUUGGCUGUGGAGAAGCCAAGGGGACACCCAGUGGUAUUCUAUAUAAACCAUCAACAGAAGAAGAGAAAAAAAUCCUCAUCCAAAAGGUCAAUUGCAAUGGGAUGGAACAUCAACUGUCUCAAUGUGAGCUUCAAGAUGCUUUGGAUUGCUCAUACAGUAAGGUUGCAAGAGCGUCGUGUGAAAUGCUGAAGAGCGUUAGGCUGGCUGGUGGCCCUGGGCGCUGCAAGGGGCGAGUGGAGGUGAAGUACCACGGGCAGUGGGGCACAGUGUGCAAAACAGGUUGGAGCCUCUCAGACGCGAAGGUGGUGUGCCGUGAGCUGGAUUGUGGGAGGGCCAUACUGACCCAUAGCUGCUGCAAGGAAAAUAUCCGGGGCCAAGGGCCCAUCUGGUUGAGCAAUGUGUCAUGCUCAGGAAAAGAAGAACAGCUUCAGGACUGCCCUUCUGGGCUUUGGGGGAAGAACAACUGCACCCAUGAUGAGGACAUGUGUGUCGAAUGUGAAGAAAUCUUUGACUUGAGGCUGGUAGGAGGAAACAACAGCUGCUCUGGGAGACUGCAGGUGCUGCACAAGGGCGAAUGGGGCACUGUCUGUGAUGAUGGCUGGGGAGAAAUGGAGGCCCAGGUGGUGUGCAAGCAACUGGGCUGUGGAGAGUCCCUUUUUCCAUCUGUCAAAGCCCGGAGAAGCUUUGGCCCUGGGGUUGGCCGCAUCUGGCUGGAUGAUGUUCAUUGCUCAGGGGAGGAGAGGUCCCUGGAGCAGUGCAGGCACAGGUUCUGGGGAUAUCACAACUGCAACCACAAGGAAGAUGUGGCUGUAAUCUGUUCAGGUAACAGGAGUCUGGGCUUCAGACAUAAUCUGGGAAAUCAUUGCAUACACAAGGUAUUUAAAAACAUGAGACUGGAGGACUUCAGUCACAAGAAAAUGAGUGAGGACUGA